CAUUCUCCUCUACAUUACGUUUUCCUUCAUCUGUUUAUCUCUUCUGGAACCUAUAAUUUCAUCUCGAAUUAGCAUUCGUUCUGAUCUAUUCUUAUUCACGUGGUAGCUCUCAAUACAGUCAGGAUGAUGACUAACAAUAAGACGAUUGCUUUGGUCACUGGAGCCAAUCAGGGAAUUGGUCUUGCUAUUUCCAAGAUACUCUCACGGGACCAUGGCUAUCAUGUAAUAAUGGCGGGGAGACGAGAGCAAGCGGUUUCGGAGGCAGUGGAGCAGCUUCUGGAGCAAAAAUUGGAUGUUGAGCCUCUGAUACUGGAUCUCGAGUCGGACAAGUCUAUUGACGCAGCCGUCGAAUAUGUUCAGAGCAAAUUUGGAUAUUUGGACGUUUUGGUCAACAACGCGGGUAUUGCACGAGUCAGCCCUCCGCCUAGCAGCUCGCGUGUGACGUACGAGCAGCUGUUGGGUACUAACGUGGUCGGUACUAUGUCUGUCACCGAAAAGUUCUUGCCUUUGCUCGCAAAAUCACAACAAACCAAGAGAGUCGUCUUCGUCUCCUCAGGCGCUGGUAGCAUGACAAGAUGGGCAACUCUAGGAAGUGAAACCAGAAAAUUCAAAGCUCCGGCGUAUGCCGUCAGUAAAUCGGCCUUGAACGCCUUGGCCCUGCAAUAUGCGGUAGAAUAUGAAGAGGAUCGAAAUUGGAAGUUCAACUUAUGCUGUCCCGGAUUUUGUUCGACAAACCUCAACGGUUUCCGUGGUACCAAUGCACCCGAGACUGGUGCCGAGAUUGCUUGUCAUCUCGCCACGCUCGGCAAGGAUGGUCCCACAGGUACUUACGUAAAUAGUGCGGGUACAAUUCCGUGGUAGAUGAAAUCGAAUCUAUGCAGUUGAUCUUUAUAUUCCGAAGAAUAAUGAAGUUGUCAUGUGUUCUCAUACUUCCAGCCGUCCUCGACGUCAGGAGGGAGUCAUUGAGGGAGGAACAAUAUCAUAUAUGAAGAAUUCAAUGGUAUUAGAGUGCACGAAUAUUCUGUAGAGCCUGGCGACAGUCACAGCAAAUGAAAGUAGAUUGUUGGUCAGCGCAAUAACAGCGAUAGAAAAAUGUCAUAACAGAUAUAAUG